CAGCAUUCGUCUUCCAAUAAUUUGCAAGUGUUGGGUCUUAUUAGGCCUUAAAAGAGAAAAUGAAACCUGGCCCAAUAAUAGUAUCAAUACUAACAGAGCUAGUAUUGGGCCCUAAAAGUUUCCGUCUCCGUAAACCUGUUAUUCUCGGAGAAACGUUGAGAGAGGGUUUUCCAUUCUCUGUGGCCGUCACCGUCGCCGUGAAAUAGCUCUCCUCUCUCUAUCUCCGAUUAUAUAACUGCAAGCUCAAAGGAAUUGUUUGUUGUUAAAAUGUUUCUUACGCGAUUUGUCGGGAGGAGAUUCUUGGCGGCUGCAUCGGCGCGAUCGGAGUCCACUACAGCAGCAGCAGCUGCCUCGACGAUUCGGACGCCAACAAAUCCACUCGAAGAGUUCUUUGAGUUCGACAGAAGCCAAGACGAAGAUAAACCUGUUGUCUAUGGUCGAGGUUGGAAAGCUUCAGAGCUGCGUCUCAAGUCAUGGGAUGAUCUUCAGAAGCUGUGGUACGUUCUUCUCAAAGAGAAAAACAUGUUGAUGACUCAGCGUCAGAUGCUUCAGGCUCAGAACAUGCAGUUUCCUAACCCUGAACGCAUUCCAAAGGUGAGGAGAUCAAUGUGCCGCAUUAAGCAUGUGCUGACCGAGAGAGCGAUUGAAGAACCAGAUUCUAGAAGAUCAGCCGAGAUGAAGAGAAUGGUAAAUGGUAUGUGAUCCCAUUGGCUCUUGUUUUGGCAACCUAGCAGUAAGCACGAGUCAAUCCGCAGAGGUGUUGAGUUUUUCGGAGUAAGAAAUAACGCAUAGCUUUCAAGACUUUGGAACUGGUCCAAUGAUUGUGACUGUAGUAGUGUCGGCAGUAGAAAAACGUUUGGUUGGUAUCUGUACGCACAUUUCUGUAACUUAUGGUUGAUGUUUCUUUUUGAGACACAUGUUGGUCAGUGUUGAUUCAGAGCUUUGUCUUUCUCUUAAAACCAACAUAAACGGUAAUGGCAAGGCAACGACACUGAUGAAGUAGAUUUUGGCAGAUGAAAGAUUUGGUGGUUUAGUCGAGUCCUAUAUGGGCUAUAUGGAGGAGACUGAAGGAAUCAGAACUCAGUGUUCGUUCUCAAACUCAACUGAUUAUUG